GAGAUCAGAACCAGGCCAGCAGGAUUAUAUCACACACAAAGUCAUUCAGGAGUCUCUACAUCAUGUGUCACAUACCGGUCUUCUGCUGGAUUUCUGCUACUGUUCUGGAGACAAUGUUGGGUAAAGUAGGGAAUGAAGAUCUUCCCAAAACACUGACUGAAAUGUACACACUCUUCCUGCUCAUUCAGACUAAUGUGAAGAAUCAGAAGUAUCAUGACAUUGAUGAGACAGACUCAAAGAAGAUGUCAGCAUCAGAUACAGAGGUCAUCCUGAAACUGGGGCAGCUGGCUUUUCGACAGCUGGAAAAGGGCAAUCUGAUAUUCUAUGAAGAGGACCUGAGAGAGAGUGGCAUUGAUGUCAGUGAAGAUUCAGAGUACUCUGGCGUGUGCACAGAGAUCUUUAAAGAGGAAUGUGGGUUGGGUGAGGAGAAGGUCUGCUGCUUUGUGCAUCUGAGCAUUCAGGAGUAUCUGGCUGCCUUGUUUGUGUUUCAUUCAUGUGUAAGCGAAAACAGAAAUGUACUCAGAGCAGAAGAAUCAAAACCUUGUAGUGACAGAAUGCAGCUGUCUGAGUUACACAGGAGUGCAGUGGAUCAGGCCUUAGAGAGUAAGAAUGGACACCUGGACCUUUUCCUCCGAUUCCUUCUUGGCCUCUCUCUCAACUCUAUUCAGACUCACUUGGGGAAAAAAACAAACUCCAUUGUCAAUUUAUUUCAAAGACUACGGACACAGACAAAAAGCAGAUCAGAGAACAUUGGGAAAACUGUCCGGUACAUUAAGAUGAAGAUCAGAGAGGAGUCCUCAGCAGAGAGGACCAUCAAUCUGUUCCAUUGUCUCAAUGAAUUGAAUGACAACACUCUAGUGGAGGAAAUCCAGAAUUCCCUGAGAUCAGAAACACUUUCAGAUAAAGAGCUGGAACCAGACGAAUGUUCAGCUCUGGCCUUUGUGUUACUGAUGUCAGAGGAGGUCCUGGAUGAAUUUGACUUGAAAACCUACAACACAUCAGCAGCAGGUCAUCAGAGACUGCUACCAGUAGUCAGGAGCUGUAGGAAGGCCAUACUGAACAGCUGUGGCCUCACAGAGAAGUCCUGUAAUAUUGUGGCCUCAGCUCUCCAGUCAUCAAACUCAUCCCUGAGAGAUCUGGACCUCAGCUACAAUAACCUGGGAGAUUCAGGAGUGGAGCUGCUCUGUGCUGGACUGAUGAGUUCAAACUGUAAACUACAGAGACUGGGGCUGGGGUGGUGUAACCUCACAGAGGGCUGCUGUGAUGUUCUGGCCUCAGUCCUGCGUUCUCCUCACUCAGAGCUGAGAGAUCUGGAGCUCAGAGACAACGAGCUGCAGGAUUCAGGAGUGAGAGCGCUCUCUGCUGGACUGGAGGACCCACACUGUAAACUGCAGAGACUGGGGCUGUCAGGCUGUAGAGUCACACAGAGAGGCUGUGAUUCUCUGGCUUCAGCUCUGUGUUCAAACCCCUCACACCUGAGAGAGCUGGACCUGAGAUACAAUUACCCAGGAGACUCAGGAGUGAAAGCACUGUCUGCUGUUAAACUGGACACACUCACACUGCUGUAAGUACAGAGAGUUUCCACACUGCAUCUCACACACACACACACACACACACACACACCCGAGAGAGCUGGACCUGAGGUACAAUCACCCAGGAGACUCAGGAGUGGGAGCGCUGUCUGCUGCUGAACUGGACACACUCACACUGCUGUAAGUACAGAGAGUUUCCACACUGCACCACACACACACACACACA